AUGGCAAGUACCGUGCAAGUAAUCGUCGUGACCGACACAGAGGACCGAGUUGUCGCCUUUUUGCCAAAUGUAAGCCGUUAGGAAAAUUCCGCUGUCGCACUUGGAAUGGGUUGGCGCGACGCGGUUCCGUCAGUUCGUUACGGUAGCCUUCAGGAAUUUUAAGUGAUGCUGUUGAAAGCUUUGAGGUAUCUGGUCGCAUUUGGAAUGGUUUAGUGCGUCGCGCUUGCGAUGAGUUUUAACUUUCGAUGAGAGUUCGAGAGCUAGGUAGCAUUUUCGAAUGAGUUAACUCUCAGAAGUCCUAAAUUUCUCAGAUAGGAAUUUUGUGAGAUAGUCCAUUUUCCGCGACUUGAAAGGGCGGGACUUUUCUGCGCCCUCCUCGUCUCUCUGCGAUCCUCUCAUUUUGAAGUGCUGUUUACUGUUUCUCUGACCUCGCCGGUGAGAGAACAGAGAGACGCAGACACUCGAAAACCGUCAAGUCGCGGUUGAUGGACUAUAUGAAGUCUCAGGAAAUGAUUUUGUGGUCAGAUGUUUUUCGAGACUGGUUUUUUGUAUAAAGUAAGAGCGAAUCUGUAAAAUUUUUGUCGCACUUGGAAUGUCUCUACGAAUUUCAUAAAACCUCGUUUCUAACUUUCAGUGGGUGUUCUACUCGAUCGUCGCGACGGCGAUAUGCUGCCUCAUUUGCUGCGUUCUAUCGUGUUUGUGCAACAUGUGCUGCUCAAGAGGAAACGGCGGAAAAGAAGCGGCCGAGGAAGAGAAAGAAGAAGAAGUCGUCACCAUCGUCACCUCGAAUCCGACCAACACACCGCUCUACGCUCUAUGA